AAAAAUAAUAUUACUUAACUGAAAAUAUCAACAAAAAUAAAAAUUAUUUGUAAAUUUUGGUAAAAUAAUUUGUAUUAAAAUAAACAUUUAUUUGCAAAGUUAUUGCAUUUAAAAAAUUCUAAGUUACAUAUUUUUGAAAAAGUUCAAUAAUAAUCAUGGAUGAAAAUGAACCAACUGCAGUUGAAGAAGCAUCUGAAGAAGAUUUUUUCCCUUUUCAUCAAGAAGAGUUUUCAUUAGAAGAAAUAGUCGAAGAAGGAGAAGAAGACGAAGAUGAAAAGAGCGAUUCAUUUACGGGCAUGAGUGCAGCUGACAAAAAGAAGCACCAAGUCGAAUAUGUUCAGUUGCUGAAAGAAAUCGAGUGUCAAAAUAAAAUUGUAGAACAACUAAAAGAUCAGUUAUUUCAAGCUUGCGACAAUCCCUGCUUGACAAAGUGCCAAUUAAGAGAAAUCAAGAAACUACGAUCGUGUAUGGAAAAUGAGAAUCUUAAAUUGCAAUGCAUGAUUCAAAGGGCUAUUAAAAUGCAAAAUGAAUUACCAAGUCGUUGUUGGGAUGAAGUUCCAAUUGAGACGACAAUUGAAGAUGAUGUCUUCCCAAUGAUGGGAAACUACGAAGUUAUGACUUCUUUGGGGUUAAGACCCAAAGAAACAUCAAACGAUAAUCAGCAUAAAUGCAAAAAAAACCUUAAAAAAAAGAAACAGCCUUGCCCGAGAGAAGAAGAUGGGUCUGUUUCAUGUAAGUUUCUCGAGAUGAUGGCCCAAAAAGAUAAACUCAUAAAACAAUUAAGUUGUAAAUUGAAAGCAUUAGAAAAAGAAGUCUAUUGUCAAGCCAAGCGCAGUAAAAAACAAAGUCCACGUCCCAACCAAAUGGGCGACAAUUAUGAACAAUUACAAAACACUUUAGAAACUCUCAAAAGAGACCUUAAAUGUCUGUGUAAAGAAAAUGAGAUUUCCGAACCAAGAGAAAAACAGAAGAAACCUAGCGAACUCCAAAAGUUGAAAGAGAACUAUGCCGAACUGUUAUAUUGCAUUUGUAAGAAAGAUGCUGAAAUUAAAGAACUGUCAGGUCGUGCUAAGGGAUACUGUGGCGGUGAUUCAAGCGCAAAAGCUGAAAAUGUUGACCUCGCCGAACUUAAAGUACUUCGUGAAAAAGUCCAGGACAUGAAAGAUGAACAGGAAGAGUACAGGUGCAUAAUCAAAGAGCAAUCAGAACAGCUGGACGAAUAUCGUAGAAAAUACAUGGAUACUCAGCAACAAGUGGAAGAGCAAAAGAGCACUAUUCUUAAAAACGAUAUGAAUACCAAACGAAUCGAAGCACAAAUCGAUGCUGAAGUCAAGCGCAUCAAAACUACAUUCAAGGAACAAAUAAGCGAACUGUCUCAGUAUCCCAAACUGUUGGAAAAUGAACAAAUAAAACACGCCACAGUCUGCAAGGAAAGGGAUGAACUUGAAGGACAGCUCAGGUUGGUGUGCAAAGAACUGAAAUCCAUCAAAGCCAGUAUAGCAACCAAAGAGGAGAAACCCGACUGUAGCCAAAAGUUAGCUACUUGUGAAAAAGAGCUCCUACUUCUUCAGAAUAAAGUUGAGAUAUUGACAAAAGAAAAGGAAAUAAUUGCCGAGGAAAUGCUAAAUGCAAAGCUUGACUUGGAUACCUUAAGGGCAGAAUCAGCUAAAAUUAUAACGAAUAACAAAGAAAGAUUUGAAAUCACAAAAUUGUCCCUGAACUCUCGAAUUGAUUGCCUUGAGAAAGAACUUGCCCAGUGCAGAGCAAAUGCUAGUCUUUCCAUAACCGAUCGUGAGGCUGUCAUCAAAGAGAUGCAAAGUCAACUCAGCACCCUCUCGUAUAGCUUCGACUCGGCUCAAAAACAAAUUAAAACACUCAAAAAUCAUAUUAGUUUUCUGUCCAAUGAUCAAUGUAUUCCAAUAAAAUGUUGA